ACAUUACUGAGCAUUCUUUUCAAUCUGGGUCAGUGAUCUAGUGUAAGGGGAAAAAAGGGAAUAGCCUUAUCAUGUGACUCAUGGAUUGGAUUUGAUCCAGCAGCCAUAACCUCUGACCUGUGUGACAAGCAGCAAGCUAUAAACUUUGUAACCAGGAGGAAAGGCUUGUAGUUGUUGCUGAACAUUCAGGGAGAAUGCUGCUCAAACUGAGCUAAGGUCUUUAUAAUAAAAGCAAUAUCAGCAGGUGCAGCUGCAUGCCUUCUGGAAUUUGUAUAUGAUUGCUCUGACAGGUUUCUGAGAUUGUGGAAUAAAAUAAUAUAUAACCAAGCAGAUGCAUUGGAACCCACAGGCCUGACAGAUGUCUGGAAAAUGCUGGAGCCAGUUCAUAUUAUAUUUCCCGUGAUGGAUAAUGAGUCCAUCAAACCUCCAGAGAACCCAAUGAAGGACACUAGUCCAAAAAUGUUUGAAAUUGUUGAAUCACCAAUUCAGCUCCACAUAUCUUGUGAAAAUUCAGACAUAAAAGACAUUGAGAUCACUUCGGACAUGCUGAAUCCUAAAACAGAAAUUAUCCGUAGAAAAUCACAAAAAAUUCACCACCUUGUUGUAACAGUUCCUCCAAAUGAAGAAGAAGGAAAUUAUAUUACUCCUUUCCAAUUUGACAGGUUAGCUCCUGCCAGGAUUUCUACGAGUCCAACUCUAAGGAGGCUAAGGAAAAGCACACCUGGCUAUUUUACGCCAUUGCAAGAUAUUUUCGAUGUCUCCAAGUUCCCGACUCACAAAGAGCAAUGUGAGUUGGAAGGUUCUCCAGGAGAUGUUUGUGAAACUCCACCAUGGAGUUCUAAAUACCCAGACUCUAUCACACCACCUUCUUGUGACAGCCCAUUAUUAUCUAGUUCUGUGAACAAUGUAUCCAGUGUUCCCCAAAAUCAAGCUGAAUAUGUCAGUGAAAUUCCUUCAGAUGAACAGGUUUCAAAAACCAAACAAACAGAAAAUGAAAAUUUGCAAAUGACCUCAGAGAAGGAGAGUACUGAUACUUUGCCACCAGAAGACCCAUCUGACCCUGAAAAUGUGAACAGCUGUCAUCAGAUGAAACAGUUUCGCCAGUCACGGAGCUACGAACGAAGACGCAGUUCUGUGGUUCUCAGCUUACCUGGGCUGGAGGUGUUUCCGGGGGACCUUCUGGUGUCUGAUGGAGCCUCGGAUUACAUGUAUCAUACAUCCUUGUUUCCAAACACAGAUAUCAAGAAAUCAAAGUGGCCUUUUUCCAAGAAGGGAUCUCAAUUUAGAGGAAAACAGAAGCAAAUGUCUGAUUUGGAGAACUGUUUGUCGUCUGUCAAGAUUCCUGAUUUUAGUGAAUACGAGUUCUACAGUUUGAAGGAUAAAACCUGGACUGAAUUCGUAAGCAUGAGGGCUCUGGUUAGAAGGGAUAACCAGUGCCAUACAGUCCGAAGAUUUCAGGAAUCUGUCUGGGAACUCUUUACAUCAGAGUGUACCUACUUUUUAGAUCAUCUGCUUGUUCUCAAAAUGGUGUUUUUGAACACUCUUAAAUACCUGCAGAGUCAUGAUCACCUAAUGGAUGUGGAAUCUGCACGACUGUUUGCUAAUCUGGAGGAACUGAGCCAGGAAAGCCUAAACUUUGCCACUUGCUUGCUCCGGAAUAUUGAGAACCGAGAAUUAGGAGCUACAAAUACAGUCUGUUUGCCCCUAGCAGAAUUACUAAGCAAGUAUUUCAAAGAAAGCCUUUGCCUUACCCACCAGAUAUAUUGUCUCAAUUACACAUCUGCUGUCGUUUACCUGGAGAACAUUAAGCAAAGAGAUGAUUUUUCAGCAUAUCAAAAAUGGUGUGAACAGCAGGAACAUUGCAAAAGGCUACACCUCUCUGACUUGCUGGUGGCUCCAUUACACCGACUGACACGGUACCCAUUAAUCCUGAAGAACAUAUGGAAGAGAAGCACUGAUCCAAAUGAAAAACUCUCCAUCUAUUCCAUGAAGGAAAGAGUGGAAAACUCCCUACGAGACCUGGAGGGCAGUGUGAAAUGGUUGGAUAAGUCUCAGAAAUUCAAACAACUUCAGGAAGUUAUCACCUGGCCUUUUUUGUGGGAGAGAGAUAAAAGAUUUUUUGUCCCCGAGGGCUUCAAACAUGUUUUCAAGGAAACCAACGUAGAGAAGAUGUUGUCCCAUCCCAGCAGACACCUUCUCCAUGAGGGAAGAUUGCUUCUGACUGAAAGCACACGCAAUGUGGAUGUAUACAUGUUUCUUUUUGAUGAUUUUCUGCUAAUAACAAAAAUCAAGAGAAAUAAAAGAAAAUCAACCCAUUUUGAAAUGUACUCAUCCUUACACCCCGAGUUACAGUCGGUGAUAAAAGAUGGUGGACACUGCAAAGUUCUCGAUCAACCAAUCCCACUUGACAGACUCAGCCUGAAAAGUAUUGAUCAGUUUCACGUCACAGUUUAUGGCAUGAGAAAUGCCUUCCUGAUUCAGCAUGAGAACCGAUACCAGCAGUGCAUCGCUGCCUUCAUUUUACAAGCUCCAACCGAAUCCGCUAAGAAAAUGUGGAUGUCUCAAAUAGAAGCUGCCAUUUCUUCAUACACAGAGGCCUAUGAAACAAAAAGGAUGUCUUUAUUAUGUCAACCAUCUGAAUCAGCUGAAAUAUAGUGGGGAAAUGUAACACUAACAGUUAACACUAAUACAACUUCCUUUAAUUUAAUGUAUAGUCUAUUGCCCAACAAUGUACAAUAUUUGUAAUAUAUUUUUGAAGUAGCAUACUUUAGUUUAAAAACAUAGUACUAAUGAAUAUUUUGGUUUGUUUCUAACAUCGUUUUCAAUAAAAGUUUGAAAAAGAA